UUACGGACAGGCGGGCGUGUAUAGUGAAAACGUCGCCAACGAGUCAUCCCAAGCUAGAGAAGGGGUACGGUUGAUGCUGAAGGAAAGCACGCGCCAUGGCUGGUCUUGACGAUAUAACACCAGAAAAAUUGGCAGACUAUAAAGAGACAUUCGACUUGUUUGACGAAAAUAAAGACGGAAAGAUCACUCUGGAAGAACUGAAAAGUGUGAUGCUCAAACUACGCCAAGAUCCCACCGACGACGAGAUUAGGGAUAUGAUCAACGAGAUUGACCUUGAUGAAAAUGGAACUAUAGAUUUUGACGAAUUCCUUACCAUGAUGCAUAAUAGUUCUAGAGUAGAUGCAGAGGAAGAAUUCAGAGAAGCCUUCCGAAUGUUCGACAAAAACAACGAUGGAAUGAUAGACGAAGAUGAAUUAACAGAGGUGAUGACUGCUCUUGGAGAAAAACUGACGGACACACAGAUAAAGGAGAUGAUUAUCGAGGCGGACCUGAACGGGGACGGUCUCAUUAAUUUCCAUGAAUUCAAAAUGGUGAUGAUAUCGAAAUGACAGCGGGGCGAGCAGUAAUGAUACCUAAGAUUCAAAUAAAGACUUCCUUAUAUGGGAUGAUAUUUACCAGCGAUUCCUCCAGACGGAUUCCAAGGUUCCGUUUGUUUGACUUGAGAAAACUUUGCCUAAAAUGACCUGAUCUGGGUGGAUGUGAGGAUAUAUGUGUGUUUUGUGACAGGCGAAGUUAUUCCUACUGUAGUAAAAUCCCUUUGUAAUGGAUUCCCGUAUAAAUUAUAUGUAAAUCGAAAGAUCGAUUAUAAUUUCAAAGAACCAAUCGCUAUCCUUUCCUCGUCACGUGGUACUGCCAAAUAAGGAUUGUAAUUUGGCCAAGGGAUUUAACAAUCCUUACAGUAUUGCAGUCCACCCUCAUGAAUUCCUGUGAUAUUCUCUUUACAGUGCUUCGCACGUGACGUCAAUAGACAUUCUUUUAUCUUAAACAUCACGUGAUACCUUUUAAGUUAACAACGUGAUAUAGUUUAAAAUCAUAUUUGUGAUAUAUGAUUACACACGUGGAGAAUAUCGUUUUAGUUUUCCGUACACUUUGAAGUGAGUCCAGAACUUCGUCGGUAUAUGAGGGAUUCUGAGUCCAAUAGUUUACACUCGACGUGUAUAUUUGGUUGGCGGGAUAUAAUUCGAUUCAAGCACCUGUGAUUCCAGAACGUAUGAUAUAUUAUUUUAUCAUUCUAUUACAUAUCAUUUUUUCUGUAUCAUCCUUAUUAUUAUUUAUAUAACCUAUGAUUAUCUAUAAUUGUACUCCUAUGAUAUUUAUCUGUAUAUGCCCUACUUAAUGUAUCAUUUAUACAUGUUAUUCGUAUGCACUCUCCCGUUCACUAACCUUCGAGAGAUUCCGAAGUAUCAAUUUGGCUGUUUUGUCCGUUUUACAUUGCAUUUUCUGUAUGUGCAUCCAAAUUGAAAGAUAAUGCGUUUUACCUUUUGAGGCAGCUGUUUUACAUUGUCUGUAUUAAACCUUAUUGAUUGGUAAUUAGCGAUAGAAAGCCCACUAUUGUGGUAGAUUUAGAUCAAAUUAAAAGAGAGAAAUUAUGCUUUUAAACUAGUUUAUGAUGCAGCCACCAGCGUCAAAAGAUAAAACCAACCCACUUGCCAGAUUCAAUAUUAUACGUUGCUCAAAAUAUGUUUGUGAUAUGUAUACUUGCUUACGAGCUCGUCACAGAAAACAGGAAUGUACGAUAACACAGGACACCGGAACUACGAUAUCAUAGGACAGCGGAACGUACGAUAUCACAGGACACCGGAACUACAUAUCACAGGACACCGGAACUAAAUAUCACAGGACACCGGAACUACGAUAUCACAGGACACCAGAACGUUCGAUAUCAUAGGACACCGGAACUACGAUCUCACGGGACAAUGGAACGUACGAUAUCACAGGACACCGGAACUACAUAUCACAGAAAACAGGAACGUACGAUAUCACAGGACACCGGAACGUACGAUAUCACAGGACACCGGAACUACAUAUCACAGGACACCGGAACGUACGAUAUCACAGGACACCGGAACUACAUAUCACAGGACAACGGAACGUACGAUAUCAUAGGACACCGGAACGUACGAUAUCACAGGACACCGGAACUACAUAUCACAGGACACCGGAACGUACGAUAUCACAGGAUACCGGAACUACGAUCUCACAGGACAACGGAACGUACGAUAUCACAGGACACCGGAACAACGAUAUCACAGGACACCGGAACGGACCUUAUUGAUAAUGAUACAGUGGACUCUGUCUAAACCGGACUCUGUGCAAUCAAGAUAUCUGCCUUUUCCGGUAAAAUAAUUAAGUCUCAAAUCGAAUAAUAUUAUAACAAUGGACUCUCUACAAUCCGGAACUCUCUACAAAUUAUUCGGUCCCAAAUGUGUCCGGUUAAGACUGAUUCCAGUGUAUCAUUAUAAUCAUCACGAUCCGAAUGUCUAUGAUUAUCAGAUUUGUAUCACUGCUAUAAGCUAUACCCUAGAGUUACUCUGUAUUCUGAACGUUGGAUUUGAAACUUUUUAAUCUAGCCUUAUCUCUACGAUAUCGAUGUCAGUUUUUUUUUUACAGAAAUAAAAUGAUUCUCGUC